CUCAGUACCACAUCCACAUAAUAUUAAUAUUAUUAUUAUUAUUAUAACUCUCUCUCUCUUCUUCUUUGUUAUCAACUCAGGCAUGAGUUCUUUUUCCGGUGAAGAACCCGGCGGUGGUUUGAAGAAGAAUAACGAUGAAGAAGGUGGUGGAAAAAAGCAGCAGAAUAAAAAGAUUGGAAUAUUUAAGCUUUUUGCAUUUGCAGAUUUGUAUGAUUAUGUGCUGAUGGGAUUAGGGUCAGUUGCUGCAUGUGCUCAUGGAGCUUCUGUUCCUAUUUUCUUUAUUUUCUUUGGCAAAAUGAUUAAUAUUAUUGGGUUGGCUUAUCUUUUUCCUAAAGAAGCUUCUCAUCGAGUUGCCAAGUAUUCUUUGGAUUUUGUGUAUCUCAGUGUGGCCAUAUUGUUCUCAUCAUGGAUAGAGGUGGCAUGCUGGAUGCACACCGGAGAACGGCAGGCGACAAAAAUGAGAAUGGCAUAUUUAAGAUCAAUGCUAAAUCAAGACAUAAGUUUAUUUGACACUGAAGCUUCCACUGGAGAGGUUAUUUCUGCAAUUACUAGUGAUAUUCUUGUGGUUCAAGAUGCCAUUUCUGAAAAGGUCGGGAACUUCAUGCAUUACAUAAGCAGAUUUCUUGCUGGCUUCACAAUUGGUUUCAUUAGAGUUUGGCAAAUCAGUUUGGUGACACUCUCUAUAGUACCUUUAAUUGCUCUUGCUGGCGGUAUCUACGCAUUUGUUACCAUUGGCCUCAUUGCUCGAGUUCGCAAAUCUUAUGUCAAGGCUGGUGAAAUUGCUGAGGAGGUGAUCGGAAAUGUUAGAACAGUGCAAGCAUUUGCGGCGGAAGAAAGGGCGGUGAGAUCAUAUAAAGAAGCUCUGAAGAAUACUUAUGAGUAUGGAAGAAAAGCAGGUUUAGCUAAGGGUCUUGGGUUAGGGACCUUGCAUUGUGUUCUGUUCUUGUCGUGGGCAUUGCUUGUCUGGUUUACUAGCAUUAUUGUUCACAAGAACAUUGCCAAUGGUGGUGAAUCUUUCACCACCAUGCUCAAUGUCGUUAUCGCUGGCCUGUCACUCGGACAGGCAGCCCCGGAUAUUUCUUCAUUCGUUAGAGCCAAGGCAGCAGCCUACCCAAUUUUUGAGAUGAUAGAAAGGAACACAGUAAUCAAAUCCAACUCCAAAACUGGACACAAGCUACAAAAGUUGGAAGGCCACAUUGAGUUCAAGGAUGUGUGUUUUAGCUACCCUUCUCGUCCUGACGUCACCAUCUGCGAUAAGCUAUGCCUUAACAUCCCUUCUGGAAAGAUUGUAGCUCUUGUUGGUGGCAGUGGGUCCGGAAAGAGCACGGUUAUUUCUUUGAUUGAACGCUUCUAUGAGCCUUUGUCAGGACAGAUACUUUUAGAUGGAAAUGAGAUUAAGGAGCUUGACCUCAAGUGGCUCAGGCAGCAGAUUGGAUUAGUUAAUCAGGAGCCUGCCCUUUUCGCGACAAGCAUAAGAGAGAACAUUCUUUACGGAAAAGAUGAUGCGACACUUGAUGAGAUAACUAAUGCUGCGAAACUCUCGGAAGCUAUGUCUUUUAUUAACAACCUCCCGGAAAGAUUUGAAACUCAGGUUGGUGAAAGAGGAAUACAACUAUCGGGUGGACAAAAGCAAAGAAUUGCAAUAUCGCGAGCAAUAGUGAAGAAUCCGUCAAUCCUUUUGCUAGAUGAAGCUACAAGUGCACUUGAUGCCGAGUCCGAGAAGAGUGUUCAAGAGGCACUUGAUCGUGCCAUGGUGGGAAGAACAACUGUAGUUGUUGCUCAUCGGCUUUCCACCAUUAGGAAUGCUGAUAUGAUUGGUGUUGUUCAUGAAGGAAAAAUAGUGGAAAUCGGUAGCCAUGAUGAGCUCAUAUCAAACCCAAAUAGUGCUUAUUCAUCACUUGUUCAUCUGCAGGAGACUGCAUCAUUGCAACGCCAAUCAUCUAUCGGUCCUACAAUGGGACGGCCAUUGAGUUUAAGAUAUUCUCGAGAGCUGUCCCAUAGAAGAUCAAGCUUUGGUGCCAGUUUCCGUUCUGAAAAGGAUUCAGUUAGCCGUGCUGGUGCUGAUGGAAUGGAGGGUGUUAGGGCGAUGAAGGUUUCAACAAAAAGACUAUAUUCAAUGGUUGGCCCAGAUUGGAUUUAUGGGGUUGUGGGAACCAUCUCGGCAUUCAUGGCUGGAUCACAGAUGCCACUUUUUGCACUUGGAGUCUCACAUGCUCUCGUUGCGUAUUACAUGGACUGGGACACUACUCGCCAUGAAAUAAAAAAGAUUUCAAUCUUGUUCAUCUGUGGGGCAAUAGUAUCCAUUAUAGUAUUUUCAGUCGAGCAUCUUUGCUUCGGAAUCAUGGGGGAGCGCCUCACUUUUCGUGUGAGAGAAAAUAUAUUUUCUGCCAUUUUGAGGAAUGAGAUCGGAUGGUUUGAUGACUUGAACAAUACAAGUUCUAUGCUGGCAUCACGUUUAGAGAGUGAUGCAACCUUUUUACGAAGUUUAGUUGUUGAUCGUACAACAAUUCUCCUACAGAAUGUUGGCCUAGUUGCGACCUCAUUUAUCAUUGCCUUCAUGUUGAAUUGGAGGAUCGCACUUGUUGUUAUUGCCACUUACCCGCUUAUCAUCAGCGGUCACUUCAGCGAGAAACUCUUCAUGAAAGGCUAUGGUGGAAACUUGAGCAAAGCUUAUUUAAGGGCUAACAUGCUUGCUGGUGAGGCGGUGAGCAAUAUGCGCACUAUUGCAGCUUUUUGUGCAGAAGAAAAGGUCAUUGAACUCUACUCCCGUGAGCUUGUAGAACCGGCAAAGCGCUCAUUUACUCGCGGUCAAAUUGCUGGAAUAUUCUAUGGUAUCUCCCAGUUCUUCAUCUUCUCAUCUUACGGCCUUGCUUUAUGGUAUGGUUCUGUUUUAAUGGGGAAAGAGAUUUCGGGCUUUAAAUCCGUGAUGAAGUCAUUUAUGGUUUUGAUUGUAACUGCAUUAGCCAUGGGAGAAACUCUGGCAAUGGCUCCAGAUCUUCUAAAAGGUAACCAAAUGGUGGCCUCUGUCUUUGAGUUGAUAGACCGCAAGACAAACAUAGUAGGAGAUGCUGGAGAAGAGUUGAAAAAUGUUGAGGGUAAUAUUGAGCUAAGAGGCAUAGAGUUCAACUACCCAUCGAGGCCAGAUGUAGUAAUUUUCAAAGACUUUAAUCUAAGAGUACGUGCAGGGAAGAGUAUUGCUUUAGUCGGACAGAGUGGUUCCGGUAAAAGCUCUGUUAUUUCUCUUAUACUUCGUUUCUAUGAUCCAACAGCAGGAAGAGUGAUGAUUGAUGGGGUAGACAUCAAGAAGCUGAAGCUAAAAUCUCUCAGAAUGCACAUUGGACUAGUUCAACAAGAGCCAGCACUUUUCGCAACAACAAUCUACGAAAACAUUUUAUACGGCAAAGAAGGGGCGACUGAAGCAGAAGUGACCGAAGCAGCUAAACUAGCAAAUGCUCACAGUUUCAUUACUUCUCUUCCAGAGGGUUACGCAACCAAAGUUGGCGAGCGAGGGGUCCAACUAUCCGGUGGUCAGAAACAACGAGUGGCUAUUGCACGAGCAAUUCUAAAGAACCCAGAAAUUUUGUUACUAGAUGAAGCUACUAGUGCUCUAGACGUAGAGUCGGAGCGUGUGGUGCAGCAAGCGCUCGACAGAUUGAUGAAGAACCGGACAACGGUGAUGGUGGCGCAUAGAUUAUCGACUAUAAAGAAUGCGGAUCAAAUAUCAGUGAUUCAAGGAGGGAAAAUUAUAGAGCAAGGGACUCAUUCUAGUCUUGUGGAGAACAAAGAAGGGUCAUAUUAUAAGUUAAUAAGGCUUCAGCAGCAACAAGGACAGCAAUAGCAUUUAUCAGAAUCAUUAUUCUUCAUUGUUGUAACUAUAUACCUAAUUAUUAAUUUAUUUAUUUAUGUCAAAUUUCACCAUAUACAUAUUUGGAUAUAUGUGACAAAAGAAAAUUAUUCUCUGUAAAGAUUCUGAGAUAAUAAUUAUCAAUUUCGUUUACAUGUCA